GCUCACUGCCCACAACGCUCACCGAAAACUGCAAGAUGGCUCUGCGAUUCACGCUCACUCUGCUCCUGGUCACGAUUCUGGUCACAGCCAUACUUUUGGGCUCCAGUGAGGCAGCCUACAGGAAGCCUCCGUUCAACGGCAGCAUCUUCGGCAAACGCAACAGCCUGGACUACGACAGCGCCAAGAUGAGCGCCGUUUGCGAGGUGGCCAUGGAGGCGUGUCCCAUGUGGUUUCCCCAGAACGACAGCAAAUAGGACCACGCCCUACGACUCCGCCUCCAAGAACUGAUCUCGAGCCUACGACUAACACACCAGCGGCAGGUGGGCAGAUGCUGUGCCUGCU